GGCUUCUUGCAGCUGCCCAGGAUGGACGUGUUGACAGCCCUGUUGACACCCAACCCUGAUGGCUGUGAGUGUUUCGAGCCAAAUCCCUUCAAACCGGAGAAAUGCAAGAAUUGCGGAAGAGUGUGGACGGAGCACUUGGGAGUGAUUUCGGAGGCUCACCUUAAAGUCUUUUUCCAGCAGAGACAGAAGUCCCAAGAGGACAAAGACAAAAAGGAGGCCGAAGCAAAGCAGGCUGCGGCCGCUAAGAAGUCGGCCAAGAAGAGAGCGAGCCAGGCGGUGGAAGACGACUGGCUUUUCGGUGCAGACAAGGAUGAGCCUGAAAAGAACGACGAGGAGUCCGAUGAUGAUCUCGGCUUCCGGAUGUUUUCUGCAGCAGACUUCGUCACCUCGGACCCUGGCCCCAUAGAGCCCAACAGGCAGCUCAAGGUGGUCAACCUGAUUGACUGGGGGGAGUGUGAUGUCGCCCAGGAGCUUUCCGGAGCUGGUGAGGCAACGGGCAGCUCAGCGAGCACGAUGGCACCGCCUGUAGAGGUUCGGCAAGCAAUUCCGGAUCCACGUGCAGGAGGUGAUUCGCAUUUCCAGGAAUCCUUCGGUUCCAAUCCUAACCUGGUACCCCUGUCCGGCAACCAGGAUCUCGUGACAGAGAUCCAGCAUUUGAAGCAAAUGCUUGCUGAUGCAAACGAAGAGAAAGACAUCCAGGUUGCCAUCGUUCGCGAUGAAGUCCAGGAAAAGGAUCAGGAAAUUCAAGCGCUGCUUCGCCAGAAGAACGAGACCGAGGCGCUCCUUCGAGAAGCACGUCAAAAGAUUGAAAGUGAAGCAUCGCACCCAGCAGAUGCAUCAGUGUCGCCGGAGCAGCUGGCAGAGGUCCAGCAGCUCCGAGCCCAGGUUGCUGAAGCUGAGGCCAAGCUAGAGGCCCGGGAAGCGCAGGAUGCU